UGAAGAAAGUGGAAACAUCUAGGAAAUAGUGAGUAGUGACCCAUAUAGGAGUAAUAUUAGUUGCUCAUUGAAGUUGCUCAAUUUUGUUCUAAUAAACCAAAGAUAUUGUGAAGUAUGGAGUAGUUUUUACCGCUCGAUUCGUAAAUAAUCUCUCAUUCUAUGUUCAGAUCUUUUUGUUUUGAUGGAAGAUUCACUUUUUCCAUUGUUUUACUUGCAACUUUAUUGUGAGGGCUUGUGCUUAAGGUUAAAUCCAGUGUGUAGCUGUUGUUUAGUGUCAUUUCGUGAGACGGAGAUGUAAUAGCCUGAUAGGAGCUAAUCAUGUCACUUGUAACCACAGAUUGUAUAAUACGAGUUCAGUAGAAUAACUUUGUGUUUUUCUUUCUUAAUAGUCCCUUCUUUCUCCAAGUUGAGACGAAAAAGAAGAACCCGGUUGCUGUGAUUCUUUCCCUUGGUUAUUUUUUCUUGGUGUUUACUGGUGCAUAGUGAGACUAAUAUGGGGUUUAGAGGUUCCUCCGGCUGGAGUAAACCCAUUGUCAUCUUUUCCCUAGGAUUAUCAUUUAUCCAUUUUACACCAUACGUCUAUUUCACAGUUUAUGGUUUCAGAGGGGCAUAGCUUGGUUAACUAACAUUCAUUUGAGACAAAGACAUCAUUAAAGAUUCUAGAAUCUAGAUUGCCUUUUUUUCUCAGGUCCUGUGAAUCUAUCUAUAAGGUGGUUCAAUUUGGAAGAACGAAGGCCCCAUGUGAAGGUUAAGGCUGUUGAGUGGACAACAGUUUUCUGUAAGAUAAACUAGAGCCUUGUCCCCUUGUCUCUAAAUGUUUCAAUUAUGUGCUAUAGAGGCACAUACUCAUCUCUUCCCAUUACAUGAUGUGACAAUUGGCUUGGGCCUAUGGGGUAUGGAGUAAGUUUCUUGUGUUUGACGAGUCUUUUCUGUUCUUUACUUAUAUGAUACGGCAUAGCUAAUGUGCUAGUGAGAGGGGUUGAUAUUGGGAGUAGUAAACGGCAGAGAUUGCUAUAGAGGUCUAUGCUUCUGGCAGUAAUUCAGGUGAUAUAAUUGAAGAAAAUUGAGUGCGUCUUCAUAAUGUAGAGGGGUUUUGAUGUUGUGGGAUUGUAUGGUGUUUGUAGCCUUGGUUUAUUGGAUGCUGCACUCAAUUGCCUUCUGUUUGACGUUCAGUGUGAUCAGCAUUAUUUCUUGGAAAUUUCUUUUGUUUUGAAAAGGAUAUGUUUCCCUGUGGCUGCAUUAUAUUAUGUUUUUUCUGAUUAACAUUUUUCUUGUCAGCAUUGUUGAUUCUAGAAAGGGAAGAUGUAGUAAGAGACAUGGAUGAGCUUUGCUCUGUAAAUUAAUUGGUCACACUUUUGUAGGUUUUUGCUGAAUGAUUGGUCUUCAGUCUUCUUGAAUACCUGUCAAAUCAAUUUGUGAGGAUUCAAUGCUCAUGGCUUUCAGGACAAAGAGAAUAAACUUCCGUUUUUUAUUGUUAUUAUCUACAAUAUUGAGUUCUUUGAGCAGUGGCCAUGCUGGGUUAACUAGUGCAUAUGUGCGUUCAGAACGGCCUUCUGUUGACAUCCCUCUUGAUAAUGAAGCUUUUGCAGCUCCAGAGGGUCCCAAUACUCCUCAACAGGUUCAUAUAACCCAGGGAGAUUAUGAUGGAAAGGCUGUCAUUGUUUCAUGGGUUACACCUGAUGAACCAGGGCUUUGGAAAUUACAGUAUGGAAAAUCCAAGGACUUCAAACUUAGUGCUGAAAGCACCAUGACUAACUACACUUUCAAUAAAUACAAUUCUGGUUAUAUACAUCAUUGUCUUCUUGAUGGUCUUGAGUACAACACAAAGUACUAUUACAAGAUUGAAGCAAGUGGUUCGUCUCGUGAAUUUUGGUUUCAAACACCUCCAAAAAUCCAUCCUGAUGCUCCCUAUACUUUUGGAAUCAUCGGUGACUUAGGUCAAACAUACAAUUCUCUUUCUACUCUCCAGCAUUACAAGCAAACUGGAGCACAGACUGUAUUAUUCGUGGGUGAUCUUUCUUAUGCUGAUCAAUAUAGAUACAAUGAUAUUGGGGUUAGAUGGGAUUCUUGGGGCCGCUUUAUUGAGCCAAUUGCUGCAUACCAGCCAUGGAUUUGGACGGCUGGCAAUCAUGAGAUAGAAUAUAUGCCAGACAUGGGGGAACUUACUAUGUUCAAAUCUUACCUACAUAGAUAUCCUACUCCUCAUGUCGCGUCCAAAAGCAGUAGCCCACUCUGGUAUUCUGUCCGUCGUGCAUCUGCUCAUAUUAUUGUGCUAUCCAGUUAUUCUCCAUUCGUUCGAUCUACCCCUCAGUGGAUGUGGCUCAGGGAAGAACUCCAUAGGGUGGAUAGAGAAAAGACACCUUGGCUUAUCAUUCUAAUGCAUGCCCCCAUUUACAGUAGUAAUGUAAUCCAUUAUAUGGAGGGUGAAAGUAUGCGUUCUGUGUUCGAGAGCUGGUUUGUUCGGUACAGAGUUGAUCUUGUCUUUGCUGGCCAUGUCCAUGCCUAUGAAAGAUCAUAUCGGAUUUCUAAUAUACACUACAAUGUAACAUAUGGUGAUCGAUAUCCUGUACCGGAUAAAGCAGCUCCAGUUUACAUAACCGUUGGAGAUGGUGGAAAUCGAGAAGGUCUAGCUGCCAAGUUUUGGGAUCCGCAGCCUGACUAUUCUGCGUUCCGGGAAGCCAGUUAUGGGCAUUCCACAUUAGAGAUUUGGAACAGAACCCAUGCUAUUUAUCGGUGGAACCGCAAUGAUGAUGGGAAAAGUAUGCCAACUGAUGAUGUGGUAUUUCACAAUCAAUACUGGGCUAGCAACCUGCGCCGCAGGAGACGAGGAGGCUGAGAAAACAAUGUGUCAACGGAUAUGAACUAACAUUCCUGCUAGACUGGUAAAGCUUAUCUUAUUCUUGAAACAUUGGCACAGGAAUAGGAGGCAGUAUGCAUUUGUUGAGGAGAGCAGCUUGUUAUGCUUUCAGGUACGUUCACCAGUUUUGAACCUGGAAAUUGGAAUGCUGAUCUAGAACAUCUUUCAUGGUACACCGUACGGCGAAGACUAUUUUUGUUCAUUUGUUUAUUCGGAGCUCUUCCUUUUGGGUAUAUUUUACUCAUUUUGAGGAUUUAAAUGAGCAAUGAGUGAAAAAUAACCUUGGAUGUGCCAUGUUCACGAUACACCCGGGUGUAUGGUAAAAAUUGUAUUUCAUAUGCAUCAUGGGUUAUACCGUUAUAGUUAGACAUGUAAAAUGAAUUUUUUCAAAUCCUUUGUAUAUAAAUGAUUCAAUUCUUUGCUUUGUGUAUAUUAUAUCCUUAGCCAAUUUAUGAUAGAUGACCCCUUUUGUAUUUA